UUCAGCUGUUUAACUUUCUGCAUGAACUUAAAAUUUUCAAUCUCAAACUCAUCUUCAAAUCUUGACACAAUUACAAGGGAAGACAAAACAAAACAUUUUCUGAAUCUCAUCUCGAGAUCGAGUAUAUUCCAUAUAUUACAACAAAUGGAAGGAGGCUUGGGAACGAUGUUGAUAAAGUUAGUCUUAUUUGCUCUGAUUCAAGGUUUGGUGUAUCUCAUCCUCUCUAAAUCGUCCAAGGUUUUCUCUAAAUCGAAUUCUUUGAAGAGGGCUUAUAGUUUUCGACCGGCGAGGUCCCUCAGUAUCCGCCGGUUUCUGGCGGCGCUUCAGGAUAUGCCUGCCGGCGGCGAGAUGUCUCCUUCCUCUAAUUACUCUUCUUCUCCUUCUUCUCUUCCUUCGCCUUCUUCACAAGAUGAGGCAGCAACAACAACAGCUACAUCAUCAUCACCAUCUUAGAGACAUAUAUUUAUGGUUCUUUGCUUUAUCUUAGAGACAUACUAUAUCUUCUGUUUUCUGAUUAUUUGAUUUAUUAAAAUGUUUUUAUGUUUUUACUACGGCUAAAUAAUUAAUGUUUCAUUGUUUAUGUAUAUAAAAAAAAAUGUUCCA